GCUUUGAUUUGAGCAUCUGUAUCUACACUAAUUUUAUCAGGCCUGCACGCUCUUUCCACCGCCUAUGCCUAUAUAUGCACGUUACAUGCCCCUAUAAUUUUGCGCUCUCGCACCGAUAACAACCAGCUCUACUGUUCUAUUCUGUGUGUCGGUGUGUGUGUGUGUGUGUGUGUGAGAGAGAGAGAGAGAGAGAGAGAGAGAGAGAGACAGAUGGCGGUUCAGAGCAAUGGGAGCUCGGAAUCUUUCGUUAAGAUUCCUGAGAUAAAGUUUAAGAAGCUGUUCAUCAAUGGAGAAUUUGUUGAUUCCAUUUCAGGGAAAACAUUUGAGACCAUAGAUCCAAGAACAGGGGAAGUUAUAGCAAGAAUUGCAGAAGGAGAUAAGGAAGAUGUUGAUUUGGCUGUCAAGGCCGCCCGUGAUGCUUUUGACCAUGGCCCCUGGCCUCGCUUAUCUGGAUAUGCUAGGGGAAGGAUAAUGAUGAAAUUUGCCGACUUAAUUGACGAAAAUGUGCAAGAAUUGGCCAUCUUGGAUACCAUUGAUGCCGGGAAGUUGUUCGAUUCGGGCAAGACAGUGGACAUUCCUAGCGCAGCGGGUACUCUGCGUUACUAUGCAGGCGCAGCAGAUAAAAUUCAUGGAGAGACAUUGAAAAUGUCAAGAGAGCUUCAAGCAUACACACUGCUCGAACCCAUUGGUGUUGUAGGACAUAUCAUACCUUGGAACUUCCCAAGCUUAAUGUUCUUCAUGAAGGUUAGCCCGGCCUUAGCUGCCGGGUGUACCAUGGUUGUGAAGCCUGCGGAACAGACCCCUCUUUCGGCUCUCUACUAUGCCCAUUUGGCUAAGCUUGCUGGUAUCCCUGAUGGAGUGAUCAAUGUGAUAACAGGAUUUGGACACGCUGCUGGUGCUGCUAUUAGCUCUCAUAUGGACAUUGAUAAAGUUAGUUUUACAGGGUCAACGGAAGUAGGACGUCUAGUAAUGCAGGCUGCAGCGACGAGCAAUUUGAAAUCUGUUUCACUUGAAUUGGGUGGCAAGUCCCCUCUUAUAAUUUUUAAUGACGCUGAUGUUGAUAAGGCUGUUGAUCUUGCUCUCUUGGGCAUUCUGUAUAACAAGGGGGAAAUUUGUGUGGCAAGUUCUCGUGUUUUCGUUCAGGAAGGGAUUUAUGAUAAAUUUGUGAAUAAGUUGGCAGACAAGGCAAAAACAUGGGUAGUUGGGGAUCCUUUUGAUCCGAGUGUCCGUCAAGGACCCCAGGUGGAUAAGAAACAGUUUGAUAAAAUACUUUCAUACAUUGAGCAUGGAAAGAGAGAAGGCGCCACCUUAUUAACUGGUGGUAAGCCUUGUGGGGAGAAAGGAUACUUCAUAGAGCCAACAGUUUUUGUCGAUGUUAUGGACAAUAUGGUAAUAGCGAAAGAUGAAAUUUUUGGUCCCGUUAUGUCACUCAUGAAGUUCAAGACGAUUAAUGAGGCAAUUGAGAGAGCUAACGGCACCAGAUAUGGGCUAGCGGCAGGCAUUGUGACCAAUGACUUGAACGUGGCCAACACCGUCUCAAGAUCAAUCCGUGCUGGUGUUAUUUGGAUUAAUUGUUAUUUUGCUUUCGACCGAGAUUGUCCUUAUGGAGGCUAUAAGAUGAGUGGGUUUGGGAGAGACUUCGGAUUGGAUGCCCUUCACAAGUAUCUCCAAACUAAGUCUGUAGUCACCCCUAUAUAUAAUUCUCCCUGGCUGUGAAUGUGUAUACCUGUUCUCUCAAUAAAUUCAGCUUUGUAUCAUCGUUUUAUUGUCAAUACCAAACUCUACAGAUUUUAAUUUUAAGAAA